AUGGCGGGGGAGGUAAGCUCUGCUCAUCCCGAAGAGGAGGAGAGGAGGAAGGAGGAGGACGGCGAUCAGCCCAUCACAGCUGGACAAGCAGCACACCUUGCAAAGAGCACUGUGCAUCUUGGAGUGAACGAGCACGUGAACAGAGAAGUGAAGGGCAACCCAAGUGCUGAUAGCAGCAAGGAUGACGAGUACACACCCGACAACUUUCUUCAUAAUGGCGACAGGAGGAAGAACAAUGACGAUGAACUUGUACAUUACGAUUACAAGACAAGCUCACCCUUGGAGUCCCUAGACAAAGUGCCUCGCGACACUCUGCAACCCUCCCCAAGUUCACGCAGGUACAACAUUGAAAAGCAUGAUUCUACAGAGCACAUGGAUGCCGCAUCGUGGACAGGCCCACUGGCCAGUUCGAGGUCGUUUAACUCCUGUCAGUCCCGAAACUUGUACAGCUCGGCGACUUCAGAGGAGGGUCGAGAGCUAUUGAAUGCAAAACUACUAAGGAAGAAGGCCGACGAAGAGCUCAUGGCAAGGAAGAAUCGUGUAAAUCGGUUGAGAUUUGAAGAGGAAAGGACGUACAAGACCAUUUUUGUUGCAAAGGCUAAAGUGCAAGACGUCGUCCGCCUGAAAGCGCACAAUCAGCUGCGGAAUCAGGAGAAAGAGCAUGCAAGAAAAAGCAAAGCAGAAAGGCUAAGGGAGGAGACCCAGCAGAAUUCGUUGGAGAGAGCAAGACGAAUAGCCAACAUUAGAGCUAAACAGAUGGAAUUAGUCCGUACGAAGCAAGACAUUGUAAAGAAUUCUCAUAAGGAACGAGAGAUUUACGCGCAGGCAUGUCUUUCCCUCUCUUCGAUGUGGAUUUGA